GCCCCGCGCCGCUCACGCCCCCUCCCCGCCCGCUGUGGUCCGCAGGCCCCGCGCCGCUCACGCCCCCUCCCCGCCCGCUGUCCUCCGCAGGCCCCGCGCCGCUCACGCCCCCUCCCCGCUGUGGUCCGCAGGCCCCGCGCCGCUCACGCCCCCUCCCCGCCCGCUGUCGUCCGCAGGCCCCGCGCUCCGCGCUGGCCGAGGUGCACCGGCAGCGGCGCGACCUGCUGCGCCAGGCCUGCAGCCGCCACUCGCGCCGGCCGCGCGCGCUGCGCCCCGAGGAGCUGCGGCACGUGCUGGUGGACGACGCACACGGGCUGCUGUACUGCUACGUGCCCAAGGUGGCCUGCACCAACUGGAAGCGCGUGCUGCUGGCGCUGCGGGCCCGCGCCCACGGGGACACCCGCGACGACCCCCGCGCCAUCCCCGCGCGCGAGGCGCACGCGCCGGGCCGCCUGCCCUCGCUGGCUGACUUCCGCCCCUCUAAUAUCCACCGGCGCCUGCUUAACUACCUGACCUUCCUGUACGUGCACGACCCCUUCCAGCGCCUGCUCUCCGCCUACUUCAGAAAGUUCGCGCGACGAUGCAUCUAG